AUGGAGACAAGCAUAAAUCUCGACCCUCUUCCACCGUCCCGCGAGAUUCCUGCUGCUUUUACAGCCAGUGUUCGGAGCUGGUGGCAUGUAGGCGAGAAAGAGAGCGCCAUCGCUGAAGAGCGCCUCCUCCGCCGUCUUCCCUUCUACCGACCAUCGACCCCAUCGUCUUCUACACCUUCCACGCCCGUAGACGGCCCCGUCGCUGCUACAUCCUCCAGAGUCCAGCUUUCCAACCAGCAACAUUACCUCAACACCGUAUCCAUCACAUCAACAUCACCCUCCUCAACAGCCCCACCACCUGCUGUCCUGCUCCAUGGCUACGGUGCUGGAUUAGGGUUCUACUUCCAGAACCUCCCAACUCUCGCCAACUGGGCUGCCUUGCGGUCUAGCGCCGUCUAUGCUCUCGACUGGCUGGGUAUGGGCCGCUCUGCCCGCGUUCCUUUCAACGUCAAGGCAAAACGGGAGGACGUCCCCGCUCGUGUCGCAGAGGCCGAGUUGUUCUUUGUCGAUUCUCUCGAGGAAUGGCGCGAGAAGAUGCGCCUCAACAAGGUGACGCUGAUAGGACAUUCCCUAGGUGCCUAUCUCAGCGUUGCUUACGCGCUAAAGUACCCCGCACGCGUCGACAAGCUCAUCCUGCUCUCCCCUGCGGGCAUACCUCGUGGCCCGAACUACGAGGAGCCUUCACGAGAGCUGACGGAUCAAGGCCCAGGAGAGCAGUAUCCUAGCGGCUCAAAAGACGGCUCAAAAGAAAGCUCUACGUUCCAUCGGGCAACGAAGGGCAAAGUGAACAAGAUCCAGGAGGAGCAGAAGGAGAACAAACAGAAAGAGAGCAAGACGCGGAGACUGUUUACUUACCUCUGGGAAGAGGGCUGGAGUCCAUUCCAGGUCGUCCGAUCCACGUUCGUGUGGGGCCCGAUGCUCAUUGGAAAGUAUUCCUCCCGCCGUUUCACGGGCCUAACACCCGAAGAGACGCGCGACAUGCACGACUACAUCAUGAACAUCACUCUCGCCAAGGGGUCCGGCGAGUACUGCAUCUCGCACAUCCUCGAGCCUGGCGCCCACGCACGCAUGCCCCUCGUCGACCGCAUCGACAAGCUGCCCAAGGACAUGCGCGUCACGUUCGUGUAUGGCGACCAUGACUGGAUGGACCCCACCGGCGGUUACGAGGCGGUCCAGAGGCUGAAGAAGGCGGGAAACCAAAAUGCGCGGAUGUAUAUUGUCGACAAUGCUGGGCACCAUGUUUACCUUGAUAACAAGGACACCGUCAACGAUCUUCUCAUGCAAGAGCUUGAGAGCUAA